AUGCGUGGACUUUCUGGUUAUCACAUCAUGAUAGUCUCGAAGUACCUUAAGACUAUCAAAGACUUUAUUAACUUAGAGUUGGUAUGCAAGAAGUUUGGUGGCAAUAUGGAGAAGUUCCACUUCAACCCGAUUCCGUUAAAUUCCAAAACAUUUGUAUACUUUCCAAACAUUGAGACACUUCAUUUGUGGGAUGAAGAAGAUGAGAAUUUUGGCAAUGGAUUUAUUUCGAUCAACACCGAAGAAAAAGUAGAGUGUGAAAAUAAAGGUGUUUUGAAGAGAGAAUUCUUUCGAAUCAUUGUGUGGUUCAGUGUUAACUUUGAAAUUGUUAACAGAAACAAAAAUCGAAACAUUGAGUUUAAAAAUAUCACUUACACUCAAAAUGAUAGAAAGAAAUUUGGUAACAACAUACCAUCAAGUGUUACAUCAAUUGGUAAUGAAUGUUUCUUUGAAUGCGAUAGUUUGAGCAGCGUUACAAUACCAUCAAGUGUGACAUCAAUAGGCAGAUGUUGUUUCAGUGGAUGCAGUAAUUUGAGUAGUAUUACAAUACCAUCAAGUGUAACAUCGAUUGGUGUUUAUUGUUUCAGUAGAUGCAGUAGUUUGAGUGGUAUUACAAUACCAUCAAGUGUAACAUCAAUUGGUAGUAGUUGUUUCUGUGUAUGUAGUAGUUUGAUCAAUGUUAACAUACCAUCAAGUGUGACAUCAAUUGGUAGUAGUUGUUUCUAUAGAUGCAGUAGUUUAAGCAGUGUUACAAUACCAUCAAAUGUGACAUCAAUUGGUAGUAGUUGUUUCAGUGAAUGCAGUAGUUUGAGCAGUAUAACAAUGGCAUUUGGUGUAACAUAUAUUGGUGAUGAUUGUUUCAAUAAAUGCAGUAGUUUGAGUAGUAUUACAAUACCAUCAAGUGUAACAUCAAUUGGUGAAUAUUGUUUCAGUAGAUGCGAUAAUUUAAGCAGUAUUACAAUACCAUCAAGUGUGACAUCAAUUGGUAAAUGUUGUUUCGAAUCAAAUACAGUAGUUCAUCGAAAUUAA